UGGGCGGCGGCGAGCGGGCGGGCCGCGGAGGAAGCGCCGCCAGCGCCUCCUUCCCUGCGUCCUCGGUCCCGGGCCGAGGGCGCGCGGGUGCCGGGCCCUGCCUCGCAGGCCAUGGGGGAAGGGGGCGCCGUGGGGCGCCGCCGGCCCUUCCCCGGGGCGCCGCGGCGGCGCUGGUGGCGGCGGCAGCAGCAGCAGCAGCGGCAGCGGCAGCGGUGGUGGCCGGGCCGCGGCGGCGGCGAGGGCGCGGGGCGCGCCGCCAUGGGCCUGGCGGGGCUGCAGGCAGGAAGAUGUCCAAGCCCCGCGCGGUGGAGGCGGCGGCGGCGGCGGCGGCGGUGGCGGUGGCAGCGACGGCCCCGGGCCCGGACAUGGUGGAGCGGAGGGGCCCGGGGAGGCCCCGCGCCAACGGGGAGAAUGUGUUUACCGGGCAGUCCAAGAUCUACACCUACAUGAGCCCGAACAAAUGCUCUGGAAUGCGUUCCCCCCUUCAGGAAGAGAACUCAGUUGCACAUCACGAAGUCAAAUGCCAGGGGAAGCCAUUAGCCGGAAUCUACAGGAAACGGGAAGAGAAAAGAAACACUGGGAACGCAAUACGAAGCACCAUGAAGUCCGAGGAACUAAAGAUCAAAGACGCCAGGAGAGGUCCCCUGGCACCUUUUCCAAACCAAAAAUCCGAAGUAGCAGAACCUCCAAAAACUCCGACCUCGUCUUGUGAUUCCUCCGGUGCAGCCAUCGCCAAGCCAGCCCUGAAGAAGCCCGUCAAGGGCAAGCAGGCGCCUCGGAAAAAAGCUCAAGGAAAAACGCAACAGAAUCGCAAACUCACAGAUUUCUACCCUGUGCGAAGGAGCUCCAGGAAGAGCAAGGCCGAGCUGCAGUUUGAAGAAAGGAGAAGAAUAGACGAAUUGAUCGAAAGUGGAAAGGAAGAAGGCAUGAAGAUUGACCUCAUCGAUGGCAAAGGCAGGGGCGUGAUCGCCACCAAGCAGUUCUCCCGGGGCGAUUUUGUGGUGGAAUACCACGGGGACCUCAUCGAGAUCACCGACGCCAAGAAGCGGGAGGCUCUGUAUGCGCAAGACCCCUCCACCGGCUGCUACAUGUACUAUUUCCAGUAUCUGAGCAAAACCUACUGCGUGGAUGCAACUAGAGAGACAAAUCGCCUGGGAAGACUGAUCAAUCACAGCAAAUGUGGGAACUGCCAAACCAAGCUGCACGACAUCGACGGCGUGCCGCACCUCAUCCUCAUCGCCUCCCGCGACAUCGCGGCGGGGGAGGAGCUCCUGUACGACUACGGGGACCGCAGCCGGGCCUCCAUCGAGGCCUACCCCUGGCUGAAGCAUUAACCGCCCGCCUCCCCCUCCAGCGGACAAAGUGCCCUCAAAGGGAAUUGAUUUUUUUUUUUUACACACACUUAAUAUUAGCAGAUUACUUCAGAUGUUUUUAAAAAGUAUAUUAAGAUGCCUUUUCACUGUAGUAUUUAAAUAUCUGUUACAGGUUUCCACAGUGGACUUGAACAGAUGGCCUUAUAUUACCAAAACUUUUAUAUUCUAGUUGUUUUUGUACCUUUUUUGCAUACAAGCCGAACGUUUGUGCUUCCCGCGCUCGCGUGCAUGCCGUCAGGCUCGGCACAGGUUUCAGAGGAGAGAGUCUUCGAACACGAACCAAGGAAGUGGGGGGGCUGCGGAGCCAGGACUCUUCCCCGCACCCCGACGCGCACCCAGGUGUCGAGCAGCACCGGGCGGCCAAGAAGACACCUGCCACCUCCCGACGGCCCCCACGGGAUGCUCCCAAGCUCUUGCUUUCCUGCCGUCCGGACAGGCGCACACGGAAGUGUAUGAAUAUUUUUUAAAAGGGUUUCGCAGUAAGUUCGUCUUCCCCUCUGCUUUCUUGAAAGCUUGCUGACCCGCUGGCCCGUGGGCACGGGCCGGGCCUCGGUUUACUCUUCCACGGGCUGCCGCGUUCCUGGGCACCUCGCAGCAUCAGGGCGGGUGGUGAGUAGAUGCGGGCAGCGAGGAGCAUUGCUUAGCCAGCCCCGCCAGGGCAGCGCUUCCCGAAACUGGGGUAAUUCUUUAUAGAAAUGUGAACACUGAAUUUAUUUUAAAAAAUAAUAAUAAAAAUCAAAAAAACACAAAAGGCAAAAAAAAAAAAAGAGAAAAACCACAGAAAACAACUUACAUGUACAUAGGUCAUAAAGUGAGUGGAGUGGCUGCGUUUUUUUCUUUUUUCUUUUUUUUUUUUUUUUUCCUUUUACUUUGGGUUUGGUUUUCUUGUUUGUUUUUUAUAGAAGAGAUUUGAGAUGGUACUCUAUUCUAAUAAAAAAUAAAGUUUUGUAGUGGGACCAGAAAUUACUUAUCCAAUCCUCCCCCCGACAUAGCCACCCUCACCCCCACCCUGGCCCGAUUCUGCCGGGUUGAAAGGUCCAGACCUGCUGUCAUGCUGUUUGUCAGACCGCCUGGUGGUCUUCCUGCGACACGCAGACCGCGCAGCCGUGAACCGAGCGUGAGCCCACGAGCCCUGGAGUGCAGGCCCCACCCCAAGGGGAGGGGGCAGGUGCAGCACCCAGGGGUCAAGGCUAAGGGCAAAGUUUUCACCUCGACUGUGAUGACUGUGACGGCAGGAGGCGUAGGUAGCUGCCCCCUCCCUCCCGAAGGGGGACCGAUUCUCACUCUCUCCACCUGCGGUCCAGGGGGCCUGGGCUCUGGAACCACCACCUGGGGUCUCCUGACCCCCUGGUCCCAGGUAAAUGUGAAUGGAGACAGGUGUGAGAGCCUGUCCUCAACCUUGGUGCCCCCCAGCCCCCACCCCACGCACCCCAGCCUCACGACGGUGCUACCUAGGAAAGUCUUCCCCCCGCCCCACACUUGCCUGGUCAGUGGUCAGCCAAUUGGAGGAGGAUCCGACGGAGCGUGUCAAUGUGAAGUAAAAUGUCUCGGUUGUACCUGUUUGUGGUUUAGCUUUGUAUUUAAAAAACAAAAGGAAAUAAACUUGAAAAUUAUUUGUCAUCAUAAAAAUGAAACAAAAAUUAAAAUAUUUAUUGCCAGGCGAGGCCA